GAGUCCUUCUUCGACUCCCUCUUUCUCUUGUCUUGGUCUGGGAAGCUUGCUUUUUCAGCUACAAUUCCCAGCACUUAUUAACCAGCAGAUAGCUACUGGAAGAGUCCGGAAAUUAUUGGCCUCCGAAGUAACUUCAUUGUGCUUAUUUUAACACCCUUCCCCUUAAAGAAGAACCCUGGCGCCUCUUACUAAAGGAUCAUGUGAAAGUAUUUGUCCACUGCAAUAGCUCAUACCCGAGAAGAGGUCCGCAGCCCGAGCAUGAAAACCAGAGCUUUUCCUGUUGUUAUUACGUACACCACACCCACUGACGCACUGGCAGACAUCCAGUGGUGCAUUGGGUCUGAAAAAUUGAGGUUUCGUUUUGUGCCUAAGGCUGCUUACUGCUGAUAGAUCUUUCUGUCAUGAAUUGAACUCGUCCAUUUUAAGGAAGCUAGACCACUGUUCUCGUUACUAAAGGUGUAUACUGUCAAUUUAGAAUCUCGAUACUUGUUAAUACAAGGUGUCCCUGCUUUGGGUGUCAUGAAAGAAUUAGUUGAGCAGUUUGCAUUAUAUGGCCCCAUUGAAGAAUAUAAUCCGUUAGAUGAUUAUCCAGCAGAAGAAUUUACUGAGGUUUACUUGAUCAAGUUUCAAAAAAUACAAAGUGCAAGGAUAGCUAAAAGAAAACUUGAUGAACGGAGUUUUUUCGGCAGUUUGCUGCAUGUGUGUUAUGCUCCAGAAUUUGAGAGUAUACAGGAGACUAGAGAGAAACUGCAAGACAGAAGGAGAUACAUAGCAAAAGCAACUAGUAAAAAAGAGCCAUUACUGACAAAGAAGCAGGAUUCUAAUACAUCUUCUCAGCUGAACACUUCUGGAUCUUGUAACUCUGGUGCACCAAUUAGUUACUGGAAUCAGCCUGUGUGUGUUCGUGAUCGUUUUGAAUCACCCUGCUAUGAACUGAGAAGUAUACCACCUCUUUCAGAAGAGCACUUCCACAAUAUAUUAACGGCACCUCAGUGUGUCAGUGACUGUACUGAAAUGUCUGAGUUCUUCAGCCAGAGGGCUGUAACUCAGAAUCUACACCAAGACAUACCUAACUCCGGAGCCACUUGCCACUUGCAAAGAAAGCUUUCUUGUGAUAAUGGACUAGGCAGAUUCAUGCCCCGAACAACACAGCUACAAGAACGAAAGAGGAGACGAGAUGAAGACAAUAAACUUGCUCUUUUUGGAAGUGCCACUAAUAGUGAGGAAACAAUUAUUGGCCCAAGGCUGCCUGAAACAGCCAAAAUAGACAUGGAUGAUGAUUCCCUGAACACAUCAGCAAGCUUAAUUCGUAAUAAGCUUAAGGAGGUUGCAGUUCCUGUUCAAAUUCCAGACAUAUAUGGAGAGAGGUCCAUGAAUUGUCAAAUAAAUCCAACAGCAAAGCAGCGAAGACGAAUAUAAAUAGUUCUUCGAAAAUAUACUGCACAUUUAACUUGAACAGAUAGUUUAAUAUUCUUACACAGCAUUGUAAUAUGGCUUGCUCUGACAAUGUUAAAAUACUUGUAUAUAUCCUAUUUAAUAAACUAUCCAUUAUGGUACAA